UUCGUUUAAAAUACUGAAGCCACGGGUUUCCCUUUUCAACACUUGCGGCAGCUGUUAUUUGCACGCUCUGCAACACUAGUCCAAACAAGCACGUGCAUGCAGCUAGGCGACAGGCCUCUGUUUUUAAUUAUUUAUUGAAUCGUGUAUAUUGUUAAUUCUAAUGGAGAAAGAAGACAGAAAGAGUGCACGUAAAAAGGCCAAACAGGCAAUCAAGAACUAUUUAGAAGACAACGACUGCGAAGCUCUUAAGCCGAGCGGCAACAGCUGUUGCGGUUCGGGCCUUCAAGAGUUCGAUGCCCAAACGCACGACGCCUGGAUAUUGACAUGCCCCAAGAGUCUGGAUAGCAGUUUGUUGGAGGGCAAGCGCAUCAAGUUGCCCGGACGUCGCUAUGUGGGCCAUCUCAAGGUGCGGGGCAGCGAAUGUGCGACAGCGUCUCCUGAAACCAUUGCCUACACGAAUGUCAAGGGCAAAAACAAGGUUCGCAACAUUCCCAUCAGUGGCAUUGUGGUUGUCAGCAAGCGUCUGAAUUUGGCGAAGCCCAGUGCCACCCAGGCGGCCACACCUUUCCCGGCGACCCCACCACCGCCAAACUUCAUGUUGCCUUUGCGGCAUCCGUUCUUCGGCCGUGACUUCAAGAGGCACAUUGAGUUGCCCAAAGAGAUUUCCAAGAAGCUGAUGAAGGCGAACAAAAAGAGAAUUGCUACAGCAGAAUUUGUGCGACGCAAUGCAAACUUUUACAGGGUUCGCAAGCAGAUUUUGGGCUCGACGCAGACGCUGGAGGAGAAGGAGUACGAGGUGCGUCAAUCGGUGCUGACCGGCGUUAGGCCAGACUUUAUGAAUGAAAGUGCGCCGAAGUACGACCUCGGGGACCUCACCAGCGACGACAAAGAAGAGCGUAUAAAAAAGAAGCAAGUCUCGUCCGUGAAGAAACCGAAAAAGCGCAAAGCCAAUAAAGAGGUAGCAGCGAUACCGGACAGCGCAGAUGGUGCCUCACGAAAGAAGCGAAAGAAGCUGGUUACCGAAUGAGUAAUAUAAGUAAUAUAUUUAAGACGAAAUCAGCCUAAAACUGAAUCGAAACUUUCUUAGACUUCGCAUAUCGUGUUGUCUCUUUUUGUUUGCCUUUGUUCAGUUUUAAUAAUACAUUUCGACAAGUC